UAGUUCAUAUCCCCCCAAAAAGUUGAUAAAUUAAUUAAACGUUAAAAAAAAAACAACCACUUUCUUCUACUUACUAACUGUUCUUUAAUCCUUCAUUUUUCUUCUUUUUCCAGAUUUGGAUUUGAAGCUCUCUUCUUUCCCACUAAAAAAAACUGAAAUUUUUUACAUAAAAAUAUGUUCUUUAGACUUUAAAGUUUCAAUCUUUUCUCCAUCUUGUUCUUCAAUGGCUUACUUAACCCAUUUCAUCCUUUUAUUACUCAUAAAUUUAGCUUCUUCCCAACAAAUCUCAAACACUGAAUCAUCAUCAUCAACAACAACCAACCCAACAACAACAGAAGAUUGUAACAACCGUUGGAUCUACAUCAGAAACCUCCCAUCAAGGUUCAAUCUUGAUCUUCUUACAAACUGUUCUGAAUACCCAAUUUUUGAUGAUUUUUGUCCUUACUUAGCUAAUCAUGGUUUAGGACAAAAAACCCAUACCAAAUCUCGUAGUUGGUAUAGAACUGACCCUUUAUUACUUGAACUUAUCUUCCAUAGACGAAUCCUUGAAUAUCCUUGUCUUACAAAUGAUCCUAAUGUUGCUAAUGCCGUGUUUCUUCCUUAUUAUGGUGCUAUUGAUUCAUUGAAGUAUUUAUAUGGUCCUGAUGUGAAUUCUAGUUUCCAACAUGGGAUCGGAUUGUUUGAUUUCUUACAAUCAGAUGAACCUGGAAUUUGGAACAGACAUAUGGGACAUGAUCAUUUCUUGGUUAUGUCUAGACCAGCUUGGGAUUUUUGUCAACCAUUGGAUAAUGAUCCACCUAUCUGGGGUACUUCAUUUCUUGAAUUGCCUGAAUUUUAUAAUGUUACUGUUUUAGUACCUGAAGGAAGAGCUUGGCCAUGGCAAGAACAUGCUGUGCCUUAUCCGACCUCAUUUCAUCCUCCGAAUUUAGCUUGUUUCGAGGCGUGGAUACAACGAGUUAGACGGUCAAGACGGGUUUCUUUGAUGUUGUUUGCUGGCGGUGGUGGGAUUGGUGCUAGCCCGAAUAUCAGGCGGAGUAUAAGGACCGAAUGUGAAAAUGCCAACACUAGUAUGACCAAAGACAACACUGGUUACUCACAGAUAUGUCAUAUAGUGGAUUGUUCUAAUGGGAUAUGUGAACAUGAUCCUAUUAGGUAUAUGAGACCUAUGUUACAAGCAACCUUUUGUUUACAACCACCAGGGGAUACACCAACUAGGAGGUCGACUUUUGAUGCUGUCACUGCCGGGUGUAUCCCGGUUUUCUUCGAGGAAAUGUCGGCGAGAUCACAGUACCGGUGGCAUUUACCGGAGGAGAAAUACCCGGAAUUCUCUGUGUUUAUACCUAAAGAAGAAGUGGUUUUCAAAGGGUUGAAGAUUUUAGAUGUGUUAAUGGGGAUUCCAAGGAGUGAAGUAAGGAAGAUGAGAGAAUCUGUUAUUGAAUUAAUCCCUAGAGUUAUGUAUAGGAGGCAUGGUAGUUCACUUGGAUUGAGGACUAAAAAAGAUGCAUUUGAUACUGCCAUUGAUGGAGCAUUGCAAACUAUCAAAGACAAGCUUAAUGACUUGUCAGAACAGUAACAAUCCUUAGUUUAAUGUCUAUUUCAUGUCUGUAUUCAUACCACUGGUGAUUUUUUUUCUUACAUUAAUUAUGGUUAUAAAAGGUUUCAGUUUUUGUGAGCA